AUGUUCUCCUCUUCCUCCAGAGCCUCACUCGCCUCCCCGUGGAGUUCCAUGGAGCAGACGGACACGGACGUGCUGGACAUCAGCACCAAGGUGCAGCUGUAUGGGGUCCUGUGGAAGAGGCCCUUCGGACGCCCCUCUGCCAAGUGGUCCCGCAGGUUUUUCAUGAUCAAGGACAGCUUCCUGCUGUACUAUGCUGAAAAUGAAAAAAGGAACUUUGAGACUAACAAAUACUUCAACAUCCAUCCCAAAGGAGUGAUUCCGCUGGGAGGAUGUGUAGUAACCGGAAGGGAGGACCAGGGAAUGCCGUUUGCCUUGGUGAUUAACCAUGACGAUUUCACGGGCAACAUCGUCCUGGCGGCGGAGUCGGAGGCGGAGCAGACCCAGUGGAUGGAGAUGCUGCAGGAUUCGGGCAAAGUUACCUGGAAGAAUGCCCAGCUGGGAGAGGCCAUGAUUGAGAGUCUGGAGGCCCAGGGGCUCCAGCUGGCUAAAGAGAAACAAGAGUACUUGGAUAAACUGAUGGAGGAGACAGAAGAACUCAGCCUGCAAAGGGAGCAGAAGGAGGAGCUGGAGCGACUAAACCAGGUUCUAGAGGAGGAGAAGCAGAAGUUUGAGGAGGUUGUGCUGGAAUUGCGAGCCGAGCAGGAACAGAUCAAAUUGGACUUGGAUGGGACGGCUCAGUCCCUGAAGGGGGUGGAGAGUGAGAAGGAGGAACUCCAUAGCCUGAGCACACUCCUGCAACAGUCCCUAGAGGAACUGUCCCUGGAGAAACAGCGCACGCUGGAGCUGCUGCAGAAGCAGGAGGCUGUAGAGGAGGAGAAAGGGGGGAGCCCAGAGGAUGAGGCCCAGAACGCCGCGCCGGAGCCUGGGGGGGUGGACGCGGGAGGGCUGGCGGAGCACACAAGCCAGCUCCAGACCAACCUGUGCCUGAUCGAGGAGCAGAUGAAGAGCCUGCAGAAGGAGAAGGAGCAAGCGCAGGACAGGCUGAAGGAGAACGAGCAGCGUGCCUCGGUGCUGCAGGACGAGCGCGAGUACUACUCCACUCAGGCACGGACACUGCAGCAGUCUCUGGCGCAGCUCACCGCAGACAAGCAGCAGACAGAGGCCGAGCUCAAGGUGGAGAUGGAGUCUCGGGUGGAGCUGGAGCGGAGGCUGAAGCAGGCGGAGGAGGCUCUGCGGAGGCUGGAGUUGGGCCUGGGCUCGCUGGAGAACACACACGAGCGGCACGAGAAGAUGCGCGGCGACGUCAGCCAUCUCAAGAAGUUCUUUGAGGAGUGCAUCUGCGCGGCGGAGAUCGAGGCCAAGCUGCCGUCCAUCAUGAAGAACGCCGUGUAUCUGCACAGAGCCGCCGCUCGGCGCAUCAAGAGCUGCCGCGUGCAGAGGAGAGCCUCCAGACAACACUGGCUGAAGCAUUCCCAGUCAUUUGUCCAUUCAUCGGACCAGAGCCCGAGUCUGGAGGACCUCAGAGAGACCGCGCGGCGACUCACCUCCGACAGCUGCUUCAGACAGAAGGUCUACCAGAUCAUAGCUCGCCACGACUCUUAAACCUGACGACUCACUCAUACGAGACAGAGAGAGAGAGAGAGAGAGAGAGGCAGGAAGAUAAACAGUGGCUUAUCUAUACCG